AAAUGAUUGGCUUGAUACAGAAAUGGAAGAUGCUCCACAAAGAAGAAGGAAGUGCUUGGAAGAACGGGCUACUGAACUAAUCAUGAAGGCAAGAAGUCUGUGAACCAGUGAUGUUCAUGUUCUACCGUUAGAUACAUACUUGAAUUCUGUGUGUGAAUGAGUGAAUCGGCCUGACUAACCCGAGACAAAGACAAGAACCGCCUGACGCCGUACAAAUGAUUGGAGAGGAGAUGGGCAAGAAAGUGGCGAGACCAAGAAGCGAAUGCAUGGCGCGUUGCCACAAAUAGGCAGGGAGAGGCCCUACACUUCAUGUCGAAUUACUAGUUUCAUGGACGGACUCCAUAUAUCCUUUCUUGGUAGCUCACCCAUUGCCAUUCUUUCAAGCUCCCCGUCCAACCGAUCGUACGUCUCCUCAGCUCAUCCGCUUGCCUCGUCGCUGCUGCUGCUGCUGAUCCACAAGCGUUCGUCGGAGAUGAACGACCUGUUCUCGUCGAGCUCGUUCAAGAAGUAUGCGGACGCGAGCCCGGCGAGCGGCGUCGGCGGCAGCGACAUGGAGGCCGGCGGCGAGGGCGUGGUGAACCUGGACAGGUUCUUCGAGGACGUGGAGGGGGUGAAGGAGGACAUGAAGGGGCUGGAGGCGCUGUACAAGCGGCUGCAGUCGACGAACGAGGAGACGAAGACGGCGCACGACGCCCGCGCCGUGAAGGCCCUCCGCUCCCGCAUGGACGGCGACGUCGAGCAGGUGCUCCGCCGCGCCAAGGCCGUCAAGGGCAAGCUCGAGGCCCUCGACAGAGACAACGCCACCUCCCGCAAGGUCCCCGGCUGCGGCCCCGGCUCCUCCACCGACCGCACCCGCACCUCCGUCGUCGCCGGCCUCGGCAAGAAGCUCAAGGACAUCAUGGACGACUUCCAGGGGCUGAGGACGAGGAUGGCGGCGGAGUACAAGGAGACGGUGGCGAGGAGGUACUACACGGUGACGGGGGAGAAGGCGGAGGACAGCACGAUCGAUUCGCUCAUCGAGUCGGGGGAGAGCGAGUCGUUCCUGCAGAAGGCGAUCCAGGAGCAAGGGCGGGGGCAGGUGAUGGACACCAUCUCGGAGAUCCAGGAGCGGCACGACGCCGUCAAGGACAUCGAGCGCAGCCUGCUCGACCUGCACCAGGUGUUCCUCGACAUGGCGGCGCUCGUCGAGGCCCAGGGACACCAGCUCAACGACAUCGAGAGCCACGUCGCGCACGCCAGCUCCUUCGUCCGCAGGGGCACCGUCGAGCUCGAGGUGGCGCGGGAGCACCAGAAGAGCAGCCGCAAGUGGGCGUGUGUCGCCGUCCUCGCCGGCAUCAUCCUCAUCGCCGUCCUCAUCCUCCCGGUGCUCAUCAACCUCCGCAUCUUGACGCUCAGAUGAUUCAUUCAUCAUUUCCUCCCUAGCUAACCUGCUAACUCAGAUGUGUCAAAUUAAUUUAUCUACUAUUUUUUUUCUCCAUCAUGUAUGUUAAUUUCGUUUUCGUUUAAAAAGGAAAAAAAAUCUCUGUUUUUUGGUUAGAAGUUGUAGGCUUCAAAAUUUGUACCUUCCUCAUUGAAUGAGAAGCAGGGGAGAUGUAUAUUACAGUGAUGUAACAUUUCUUGAUCAUGAUUAUUCCAUACUGGCAGCAAAUUCAAUCUUUUA